AUAUUUUGAGGCGGAUCCGUUGGCUAGAGGUUUCGGAUUUGCGCAGCAUCAGAAUGAGAUUUGAGCUGGGGUGCUAGAGUCUUUCCAAAUGGAAUUACAAAUCCAAUGGAUAGAUUGAGACCCUAAAAUAAAAAAUAUUGUCAAGGGGGUUCAACUGCCACCAUGGCUGAAAUGGAAGUGGCUAUCUCUCCUGCCCAGAUCGAGACACUUCAUCUCAGCCCCUCGCUGUCCUCCACCUCUACAUUUUCCUGCCCUUCCUCACCUGGAUCCUCUUCUUCCUCAUCCUCCUGCUCGGACUGCUCCUCGGACUGCCCCAACCAGCACCAGUCCUCCUCCAGUCCCAGAAGCUCCAGCCCCAGUGGCUGCAGCAGCGGCAGCGAUGGCAUGCGGGGCUGCAGCCCUCCUUUGGACAUCAUAUCUGAGGACGCUAUGGAGCUGGACCUGGUCAUCGACCCUGAAGUGGCCCUGAAGGCUUGCCAGGAGGUCCUGCAGAAUGUCAAACUUCUGAAGGUUGAGGAAGAACCAGAGUUGUUGGAAAAGUGCAGCCCGCAAAGGCGGCUGCCCAAUGGAACAGUAUACUUGGAGCCUUUUGACACGGGUUCGAUUAAAGAGGAGGAAGAACAGCAUGAUCCUCUACAACAAAUAACGCUACCAUGCCCUCUGUCACAACAGCCUUGUGACACAGGUUCCAUUAAAGAGGAAGAAAGUGAUGCUCUUCGACAUAUUCCUUGUGACACCGGUUCGAUUAAAGAGGAGGAUGAAGAGGAGGAAGAAAAGCGUGAUCCUCCCCGACAAAUUACUCCCACAUGCCCCCAGUCGCAACAACAGAAUGGCGACCAGUCCUCCGCAGCAGCCAAGCAGUCCUUGCUUUUACGGUUAUUUGAGUCUAAGCUCUUCGACGUCUCCAUGGCCAUCUCCUACCUGUACAAGUCCAAAGAGCCCGGCGUCCAGGCCUACAUUGGCAACCGCCUCUUCAGCUUCUCGGACGACGACGUGGACUUCCACCUACCCCAGCUGCUCAACAUGUACGUCCACAUGGACGAGGAUAUGGGCGACGCUAUCCGGCCCUACGUGGUGCACCGCUGCCGCCAGAGCAUUGCCUUCUCCCUGCAGACGGCAUGGCUGCUCGGCGCCUACUCCUCCGACAUGCACAUCUCUACCCAGCGCCACUCGCGCGGCACCAAGCUGCGCAAGCUAAUCCUCUCCGACGAACUAAAGCCCCACUCGGCUUCUAAAGGUGUAGAUCCAGCUGGUGCUGCAGCCACCAGCCCUGGGCUGCGGGACGGUGCUCGGAUUCACCAGCGGCACGCCGUGGAGCUGUCCCCGGCUCCCGACAGCCAGAUCAUCCCUGCCGAUGCCUACCUCUCGCCUUCCAAGCGGACACACCAGCGGUCCAAGUCGGACGCCACGCAUUGCACGAGCCUGGCGACUAGCCUCAAGAGAACAGCCAGCAACCCCAAGGUGGAAAGGGGCUACGAUGAGCCGCUGCGCCUGACGCCACAGAGGGAGUUCAUCAAGUCUCUGAUGGGCAUUGGCAAGCGGCUGGCCACGCUGCCCACCAAGGAGCAGAAGACCAAGCAGCUCACCUCAGAGCUGUUAGUGCUCAACCACAAGCUGCCUGCCCGCGUCUGGCUGCCCACUGCAGCCUUCGACCAUCACGUGGUGCGUGUGCCCCACACACAGGCCGUGGUGCUCAACUCCAAAGACAAGGCCCCGUACAUCAUCUAUGUGGAGGUGCUGGAGUGCGGGAGUUUCGAGACGUCUGCCAUUCCCGUGCGCAUUCAUGAGACGCGCAUCCGCAGUGCCCGCUCUGCAGACAACCUCCUCCCAGAGUGCGUUGGCAUCACAGCCGAGCAGCGUGCCGGCAGCUUCUCCACCGUGCCCAACUACGACAACGACGACGAGGCCUGGGCCGUGGACGACAUCGGCGAGCUGCAAGUGGAGCUCCCAGAAGGCCACACCAGUAGCAGCGACAACAUCUCCCAGUUCUCUGUGGACAGCAUCACCAGCACGGAGAGCAAGGAGCCCAUCUUCAUCGCCGCCGGCGACAUCAGGCGACGUCUGUCAGAGAACCUGGCCCACACCCCCACCACGUUCCGGAAAGAUCCGGAGGACCCGUCCGCUGUGGCGCUCAAGGAGCCCUGGCAGGAGAAAGUCAGGCGGAUAAGGGAGGGCUCUCCUUACGGUCACCUGCCAAACUGGCGGCUGCUGUCGGUCAUCGUGAAGUGUGGGGACGACCUGAGGCAGGAGCUACUGGCCUUCCAGGUGCUCAGCCAGCUGCAGUCCAUCUGGGAGCAGGAGCGUGUCCCCCUGUGGAUCAAGCCCUAUAAAAUCCUGGUGAUGUCAUCGGACAGCGGGAUGAUUGAGCCCGUGCUGAACGCUGUCUCUCUGCACCAGGUGAGGAAGCAGAGCCAGCUGUCUCUGCUGGACUACUUCCUGCAGGAGCACGGCAGCUACACCACCGAGGCCUUCCUCACCGCCCAGCGCAACUUUGUGGAGAGCUGCGCCGGCUACAGCCUCAUCUGCUACCUACUGCAGGUCAAAGACAGACACAAUGGCAACAUCCUCCUGGACUCUGAGGGCCACAUCAUCCACAUUGACUUUGGUUUCAUCCUGUCCAGCUCACCCAGAAACCUGGGCUUUGAGACCUCUGCUUUUAAGCUCACCAGCGAAUUUGUGGAUGUGAUGGGAGGCCUGGAUGGAGACAUGUUCAACUACUACAAGGUGCUGAUGCUCCAGGGCCUGAUAGCUGCUCGCAAACACAUGGAGAAAGUGGUCCAAAUAGUGGAGAUCAUGCAGCAAGGCUCCCACCUGCCCUGCUUCCAUGGCUCCAGCACCAUCCGCUACCUGAAGGAGCGUUUCCACAUGAGCCUGACGGAGGAGCAGCUACAGGUGCUGGUGGAGCAGAUGGUGGAUGGCUCCAUGCGUUCCAUCACCACCAAGCUUUACGACGGCUUCCAGUACUUCACCAACGGCAUCAUGUGAACAGUUCAACACCGGGACACAACCACAUAGGACAUCCACAUGGGAGAGCAAGCAAUCAUGUACACACACACAUACAGAUGGUGGCGAACAUGUGCAUAUGGACUCAAACAUGUGCUUGCCAUAGCAGCACAUCUACAAAAAUGGACUCUUGUAUAGACUAGUACUACAGGACUUGUAUAGACUAGUACUACAGGACUUGUUUGCAAACUUGAUAUGUUCUUUGUCUUAGACUCCUCCCCCCCUCCUCCCCCCUCCUUGUUUUGGCCUUGUGGAGGGGGAGACUGCACCUCCUUCCUCCUGUCCAUAGGACUUUUACCUCAUUGACGGUUUAAAAAAAGAGGCAUAACGCACAGUUCAAAUCACACAUGAAAACGAUUAAGUAUCAAUAUUGGAGGAGGUACUUCAUUGAAAAGGGGAGGGGCAAUGUGGGAGAGGGCGUGGUGUAAAUUCAGAGGAGCCAAGAAGCGUUUUCUCAGAUUGGACAACUGCAAGAGCAAAUCAGAGGUACAUAUCGAAUAUGUACUUAUUUUCCAUUGUUCUUAGAGCAAAAUGGACUUUGAGAAGCCACUAUGUAACGACAAAGAAAGCACAAGACAGGUUUUCUAAUGGACAAUUUCCCUUCUUCUCUGAAAAUUCUGUGGUCAUCAAGAAUGAGCCAGCCCAAAGAGAGGGAGGGAAGGACUAUUAAAAACCAUGGGUGUAUGAGUGUUAUCUGUCAGGAAAACAACACUUUAUUCCAAGAGUUUGAUUUGUUUUGAACUGGAAGUUUGAACUAGGACCAACACGUCUCUUCUUAGGGGUCCAAGCAUGCAGCGAAGCUGCUGGUUGUGUUUUUCUUUCCAUCCUUAAAAGGAGCAGUUUCAUUUCAAUCUGGGUUUCAGACAACUGGUUCUCAUCCAGUAAAGCACAUCUGUACUUACUGUUACAGAUAGAAAUACCAUGAAUAAAAAGGACUGUUCUCUAUCAUCACAUGACAGUCUGUAUAUUCAACAGACUGUGUCAUGCCAACAUACAUCAUGUAGGGCUUUGCUUUGCUAGUGUCACUCUUAAAGCCACCAUACUUGAAGGAACGCUAGUGUCAUGUUGAGCCUCAUGCACUUGACAGUUAUGUUGAACCAAAAUGGCUACCUGUGGUUACAUAUAUAAAACAAUUGCAAUGGAUUUAUGCAAAAAAAACUCAACAUUGAUGUUCCACUAAUGUUUGUCUUUCAUCUCUAACUAAAUGUGUAUGUUAACGCAUUAUUAUUGUAUGUUAUGUUAACUAAGGUUGCAUAUUUAACGAAUGCUCAACACGUCCCUCUCUCGUUGGCUCUCAGAUGCAUUCCUGUGACUAACUCGGGCCAAUCCAGAGAGAGGGUUGUCCUUGAGCAGACAAUGUAAAUAAUGGGAGUGAUUUCAUUCCUCUGUCUGUUUUUAUUUCUCCUUAUUUUGAACAGUAUGAGCUCAUUAUCACAAGUCAACUUCCUUGAUAUGUGAAUGUUUUUUUUAAUAUGAUACUCUCUACUAAACCGAUUUUUUUUUGAGUUUUUUGCUCUCUUAAACACAAACAUGUAUUCAGUAUUGAAGAGAGCUGUUUGAAAAAGCUACGUGCUGGGAUAGCCUAUAACUUAUAUUACCUGCUUAUGUUUGAAAGCUGUGUUGUCGGUGGGUGGCUUUUGUGUAUAGCAAAAAUGACAGAGAGAACUCAAAUGAGUCAUGUGAGCAAACCAAUGCCUUGAGACAUACAACUUUUAUCAAUGCAACAGUUGGGACAAAGGCGUGCAGGUCAUGUACCCAGGAAGUUUAUUUGAUCAAAAGUUUUAAACACUUCCUGCUUACUCUUCAGUAAAUACUACUUUCAUUGCCUUUCCCCUUCAUUUAUUCCAACCCUAACAUUAUUCUGUAAAAUGAUGUAAAUAACUCAAGUGCAUUUUUAUCUUUACCGGAGUGGGUUCUGUCAAACCCCCGUUGAUGUUCUCUCCCAUUCUGAACCAUGGAGAAGCAGAAUUGUGUCUUUGUCCAGUGUCACACCAGCUAAAUGCUUGUCCAUAGGUACAGACUGCUCCAGAUAAUGUAUAGAUCACACUAUUGUUCUGAACAGAAAAAUGUCUGCUCUACAUGGAAAGUUUUUUUUUGCCCUUUUUUAAGUUCUGAACAUUGUGCCCUCAGAGAGACGUGGUUUUAGACGGAACUGGUCCACCGCUAACACCAAGCAAAGCAUUUAUUCGACUAAAUUAACAAGUCCUUCGUCCUUGAUACUAAAGACAUUUUAGAAUGUACAGGGGAAGAAAUAUUGCCCACUUUUGUAUCAGAACACUUUAAUCUUCCUAAUUAUAUGUUUCGCUUUUCAUACACAUGGUACAGAGACGAACCUUGUAUCAUGUUGCCUAAAUGCAUGACUCCUUCAAUAAAUUGGAAAGUUGUUUUCUUGAA